GGUUUUAUCUCAGAAAUAACCUUGCUUGGAAACAUGCUGAAACUAUCCAGAAAGCACGGAGGAUACUUCUGCUUUUGACAUUAAUACCUCACAAUAGCAUGACAUGUUAUAUGUGGGCCAAAUAAAUAAGGGCUGACAGGGGUAAGAGGAACAGGAAGAGAAAAAAAAAAACGAGAAAAGGUAGUGAUAGGCAGACGGAAAACCGGGGAGCUGUUUAAGGCGGGAUGUGAAGUGGUAACCGUUUGUUUUUCAGGUUAAUAUAUUAACAAGGCAAGUAGUGAGUUGAAAAUGCUGCGUUCAGUCUGUGCUGACUUCAGAAAAUGAUGCUUUAAGGAGACAACUUACAAAGGAUAAAAGUCAGGGUUUGACAGUGAGAGUAAUGGAUUACACAGCGGGCAAAGGCGAAAUGGCUGAAGGGGGGAUGCCGGAACCUCUCAUCAUCACCGAAGAGGAAGACAUAACUGAGGCUGUCAGUGAACGAUGGUCAGACAGCAAUUUGGACGUCAUCAUGCAGAGUAAUCUCAGACAAUCGGAUCCUAUAAAAGAAGAUGUGUGUGCAGGAUCUGCUGAUGGUGAUACAAAUCUAGUGAGUAAACUGUGUUUAGAAGAACAGAAUCCGCAAAAUCCGGCAGGAGCGUUUACUGAAGAUGGAGCUGGGAAACAAGAAGAAACUGAGACUGUGACUGGAGGCCAACACACGGAUGAACACAAGAGUGGGGAACAAGUACACAAUGUGAUGAGGAUUGAGGAACAAUCUGAAAAAAUCAGCGUGACAUGUGCAGAGAAGUUCACCCCAGCUCCCCUUCCGGCUGAUGUUAAAGGGUUUAAUUUCACAGAGGAGCGACGUGAAGGUGUACCAAAUGAUCAAGAUGAUCCAAAAAAGGCUCAUCGAUUAACCCCUGACUUCCCAGAGGCACUAUAUGAACUGCUGUGCACGCUUCAGGAGGGCAGACGCUUUAAUGACCAGCGCUGCUCCUUCAGGAUGGAGAGUGGAGUCAGGAGAAGGAGGUGCCACUCAGAGCCCAACACCAACAAGCCGACCAAUAGAGUCAUCUUCUCAUCCAUGACGUCACUGCAGACAGAGGAGUUCUUUGAGCUGGUUGCCACUGCUCAAGCUCGCCGACUGGAUGACCAGAGGGCACAACUGGGCACGUCUGCCCCACCAAAACGAAAAUCCAGAAGUUUCAGAGGCAGCUUAAAGCAACUGUCUAUUGUGAAAAAGCCUGCUCCAGUUCCUGUUCCAACAGAGGAUCUGUACAAUAUGAUUCGCAUCACACAAGCACAGGGCAGGAUGGAGGACCAGCGCAGCAGGGCUCCUGGCCCCAUGGAUGAUGAGGACUUCUUCUCCUUGCUCCUCAGAGUUCAAGGGGGGCGCAUGGAUGAACAGAGGACUGAAUUCCCACAAAUGCUGAAAACCUGAAAACAAUAGGACUGAUUUGCUUCUUCCUGUAGCUAUAGCCUAAAAGUUUUUGUUUUAAAUUGUUAUCCAUUCAUAUAGUAGUUAUUGAUAAAGUUGUUCAUAUUGCAACAAGAUGCUAACGCUUGAACAACACAUUUUUUAUUGUUAGUUGAGGAUCACGAUGACAUUGCAGUUUGCUGUGAGCUGGUUAUUUCUUUAGUAAAAAGGAGCAGUAGAUAUGCUUUCUUAUCUUUCCAACUUUACAUUUCGGUAAAAGCCUUGGUGCGAUGAGUGAUUGAAUGUUUUCACUGUGUAUGUAGGAGGUAGUCUACUGAUUUCUUUUGUUUGCCCUUAUUUGUACAGCAGGUAUAAAAUUCACUGAGUGUGGCGGUAAGGAAAUAAUGGCGCUAAGAGCCCACGGUGCAUGACUGUAUAAGGAUAAUGCUCCCUACAAUAAACAAAAAUGUGUAUCCA